AUGCAUCCAUUUACAUAAUUUCCUCCAUUCUUAUAAUGUAUUGAAAAACUGUUAUAUUAGACUCUCAAACUUACAAUUAUCCUUGGCCAUUUAUGGAGCAAUUCAACCAAUUUCGAAAUUAUUUCUACAUCAAUAAUAAUAACCUGUUGUUAAACUAUCAUUAAGCUUAGCCAGCCAACCUGCUUUUUGAAGGUUCUUAACAGCCUACAUCAAUGAUCAAACAGGAAAAUUCUGUGAUAUAGGUACAAUGCGUCCUAUAAUAGUCUAACUUUGAACCAGUAGAAAUUGUGAAAAACCUUGAAAACCAUAAAUCUCCCUUACCCUUGAAAAAAAGGCCCAAUAUUUCUUUCUCCAAUAAUAAGCGCAAAGGGAAAAAAUCAACAAAAAGAAAGUUAUAUAACAUAGGUAAUAUUCCUAAUUUGAUUCCUUAGGUCAUUGGACCACAAAGGAGCAUAAUUUGUAUUUAAGCUUUAUCUAAACGAACAAGGACAUAAUGUUGAAUUCAGACCUCAAGAAAUAGAACAAAAUAUUUAAAUAGAUGUCAAAUUUUAUAAAGACACGAUCCCCCAGUCAAUGCAGAUCUCAUCACCAGAAGUUUGACCCGAAUGACCAAGCCUCAAACAAUACUUCUAAUUUCACCGAAUGCCAAGAGGUUGAGAAUCACGAAUGACA